UGGCAUCAAUAGGCUGCAAGCAUCCGGUAGACGCAUUUUGCUAUGUCUGCAGCCAAUUUAUCAAGACAAGAGCGAAAAAGUACUCUGUAGAAGCAUCUGCUAAGUUGUGUGAGGCCUACAAGGCAUAUUUUGGCAUGCUUGUCGGAUAUCAAGACAACCCCUGGGCACCUCAUUUCACCUGCGAGCAAUGCAAAAAACUCUGGAAGGAUGGUACAGAGGGGGAAAGAGAGCCAUGAAGUUCUCUAUCCAAAGAAUUUGGCGGGAACCCACUGACCACUCAAGCAACUGCUACUUCUGCAUGGUGGACCCUUACAAACGUUGGACUGGCAAGAAUUCACCUGCUAUCACGUUGCUGGACCUUCCUUCAUACAUCGCCCUGGUGCCACACUGCCAUGAGCUCGAGGUACCCACUCCUCCGGAGAGAAAGUAGCCGUCUUUAGAAGAGAGCAGCAAGUCAGAGAGCGAGGAAGACGUUGUAGAUCCAGAUGACAAUUUCAGAGGUGGAGCUGAGGAGAGAAACCUAUACUACCCUGACCAAAAAGACCUCAACGACUUGAUCAGAGAUCUUGGUCUCACCAAGUCCAAUGCCGAGCUUUUGACGUCUAGGCUCAAGCAGUGAAAUUUUUUGGAUGAAAGUGUGCAAGUCGCAGAUCAGAUGAAGCGUCACCAACCUUUUUGCAGCUUCUUCACUGGUCAAGAUGGGCUCUGCUUCUGCCACAAUGUAACCAGUCUGUUCAAGGUAAUCGGCAUCGCCUGUAACCAGAAUGAGUGGCGCCUUUUCAUUGACAGCUCAUCCAGGAGCCUCAAAGCCGUGUUGCUCCAUAAUGGUAACAAGUACCCGUCUUCCCCUGGCUCACUCAGUGCACCUCAAAGAGGAUUACAACAGCAUCAAGACCUUGCUGGACGCCUUGAAGUAUGAUGAGUACGGCUGGGAGGUCAUCAGAGACUUCAAAAUGUUGGCAUUCCUGAUGGGUCUCCAAGGCGGUUUUACCAAGUUUAUCUGCUAUCUUUGCCUUUGGGACAGCAGGGACACCAAGGCGCACUACCACAGGCGGGACUGGCCAGAGCGGACUGAGUUAUCUGUGGGGAGGAACAACAUCAAGUGGGAGCAACUGGUGAACCCCCAGAAGGUGCUGAUGCCACCACUGCACGUCAAAUUGGGCCUCAUGAAACAAUUUGUCAGAGCUGUAGAUAAGGAGUCAGUAGCCUUCAAGUACCUUCAAGACUUCUUCCCUACGCUGUCUGAGGUAAAGGUCAAAGCCGGUAUCUUCGUCAGACCACAGAUAAAGAUGAUCCUAGAGUGCAAUGAAUUCCACAAGAAGCUCACUAGUAAGGAGAAAGUGGCUUGGAACAGCUUUGUCGCAGUGGUUCGUGGCUUCCUGGGCAAUCACAUGGUCGAAAACUAUGUGGAGCUGGUUGAGACUUCGGUGAAGAACUAUGGCACAAUGGGUUGUACGAUGUCCCUCAAAGUCCAUAUCCUUGAUGCUCAUCUUGAUACAUUCAAGGAGAACAUGGGAGCGUACUCGAAAGAGCAAGGCGAGCGCUUCCACCAGGAUAUACUGGACUUUGAACACCGCUACCAAGGACAGUAUCACGAGAACAUGUUGGGAGACUACAUUUGGGGGCUGAUUCGUGAAAGUGAUUUACAGUAUAAUCGUAAUUCUCGAAAAACUACUCACUUCUAAAUCUUUUGUAGUCAUUUUUGUAUUACUUUAGUAUAAAUACAUGUUAAUUUUGAUUCAUAUGUUUUUUUUUCUUCUUCUGAAUUUACGUGAACGAAAAGACACAAAUUUGGCCGUUUUCUCAUUGAAAAUAUGUAAAUUUCAAAACAUCACUGUUUUGGUCACAAAACAAAGUUUGUGGGGAAUAAUAGCCAUUAUCUAUACUUUUUAAGCAUAAUCAAUUACGAAGUAACACUUACUACCCAGGAACAAAAAUUGUGUUACAUAGUGUAAUAAUUCAUCUGCAUUCCUACGUCAUUGAAUGUGAAUGAGCAAUAUUGUGUUUAAAUGAAUGAGUAAUAACAAUUAAUAAUUUAUAUAUUUUUUGUAAGGCGCCUUCCACUAACGUCUCAAGUGUGACUGAGUGUGAUAUAUUAGCCAUGCGCAUAGAACUUGCACUUUCAGGUAUCAAUAACUCGACAAAAGGGGUUUAAUACCAGAUGUAUAAACGCUCGUUAGAUGGCUGAAAACAUCUGCAUAUAUACACACACCUCGAUGUGUUAUGCGUGUUCCAGCGGUGUGAGAUGCAGUUUGCAAAAAUGACGCUGUUGAAUAAAAACACAAAUUUAUAUUAGCAGUAAUUAUACCAGAAUUAGAGUUAACCAAAGCAUGGGUUGAAUGCCAGACUUCCCCCCUCGCCAAUGUAUGCAGUUACACAGCUGAUGAGAGUCUUUCACAAAAUACCAUUAUUGUCUACGUGAACUUCUCUUCUCGCAUGUGACAUUUGUGUUCAUGAGUUAAAUGCCAAAGUUGAGGUUGUGCGAGCCAUGACAGGGCUUCAGGAGAGAGUUGCUAUAGUUUUGAUAUUCCUCCGUUGAAGGAGCGUCGACCACAGUGGGUUCAUCUUCUUGGUUCUUUCGGUAAAGUCACGUAGAAGGGAAAUAAUAAAAUAAUAAAAAUAAAACUUAAUAAAAUAAUUCUCACUACGUGACUUUACCGAAAGAACCAAGAAGAUGAAUCCCUGCAGUCACG